AUGAUUUCCAUGGGCUGCACAGUUGAUCUGAAGAAAUUGUGGGCUCUUGUUAAGAGACCAUGGGGUCUUGCCAUCGGUGUUGUUUGCCAGUUUGGAUUUAUGCCACUCAUUGCAUUUACUCUUGCAAUUUCUUUUAAGUUGAAAUCUCCUCAGGCAAUUGCAGUCCUUAUUAUGGGCUGUUGUCCUGGAGGGGUUAUUUCCAACAUAAUGAGCUACUGGGUAGAUGGAGACAUGGAUCUCAGUAUAUCCAUGACAGUCUUCUCUACAAUCCUGGCUACUGGCUUCCUGCCUCUGAAUCUUUUUAUCUACUCACCUGCCUUUAUACAAGCCAACGGUUCUUCUACCAACAUUUUUUCUGCCAACAAUUGUUCUAGCAGUUUCCAUUUUCAAGAACUUUACAAGAAUAUAGGUAUUACAUUGACCACUUUGAUCCUCCCGAUAGUAUUUGGAAUUUUCAUUGCAUGGAAGUGGCCAAAGAAAUCAAGAAUUCUUCUAAAGUGUGGAUCUGUUGCUGGAGCAGUCAUUUUUUUUAUCACAGCAGUGGCAACCACACUGCUAUACAAAGGAGCAUGGAAAGCUGACUUGUCAUUACUCAUCAUAGGAGCCAUCAACCCUCUGAUGAGCUAUACUGCAGGUUUCUUAGUCGCUCUGAUCUUACAGCAAUCAUGGAAGAGGUGUCGAACAAUAGGUUUUGAAACAGGGGCACAAAGUGGACAACUUUGUACAGCAAUCCUCAUGGUAUCCUUCAGCGCAGGAGAUCUCAAGUUAAUGUUGGCAUACCCUGCCUUUUAUAUUUUCUUUCAACUAGUUAGUGGAUUUAUAUUAGUCUCUGCCUAUCAACUAUACAAAAGAUUCAGAACUUCAACUGAAGCAUAAAUGGAUUCAUCUCGUAAUGGCCAGAGGAAAUUCAGUGGCCAGAGAUGGAAGAGCAAGGCACCAACAGACAAGAACCCUGAUGAAAUUAAUCAACUUACAAAGCAGUAUUAAAUAUAUCAGAAGCUUCAGAAGGAUUCCUAGAUUUUCUUUUUCUGAUUCUUGAUUUUCCUUCAUUGCCUAGUAAUUUCUUACAUACUCCGUAUUUCCUUUUAAUGGAUUCUCUUGAUUUUCACAUUAAAUUGCAAUAUCAAUAUAUUUCUGUGUUUAAACCUAGCCAGUUAAAUUCAAGAGCACAAAAGGGUUUAUUAGUGAAAAGUUAAAAUGGGACUUGAACUUAAGGACAUUGGCACAAGAAUAGAUAAUUAUUUGAUAAAAUUUAAUGAAAAAAGGAUUUAUAAUGAGCAGAUUAAAUGAUUGUUCCCAGAGUAAUUUUGAGGCUGCCAACAGAAUAAAGUUGGCAGGAAUAGCCUUUCAAUCAUGUAUAGAUAACAGAGAAACUGAACUGAGAAGUUUUUAGACUUUAAAAAAAACAUGUUAGAUUUAAGUUAUUGAGUGGUUUACAAAACUCAGUCUACAAUAAUUAAAGCCACUUCUGUUAAGAGUGGGCAAUGAAAAAGACCCAUUUUAAGCAUACCAGUUCCCAGUUACGGAAUCUGGUGUAGGCUGCACUGCAUUUAGUAUUUGCAUUAUCAGAUGUUUUCUAAUACAGUGAAUAGAACUCUGCUCCUACUGGUGGAAUUUCGUGGGCUCCUGCCUCUUUUGCUGACCUAUUUCCUCAUCCCUGGAUCCUGUCUAUGAUCUGAAAUUUUCUGGGCUAGGUCCCUGGUCUUCAGAUAAUAGCCUUCAAUCUGCAACAACACAUCAAAGUUCCUAAGGCAGCAGCUUACAGACCCAUGACCGCUACCAUCUGGAGCAGCAUAAAUUAUUUUCAAGCAUGCAUUAUUCAUUAAUUUGAGGCAAAACAUAACCAGGUAUACUUAAAUGGAUAAUUCCCAUAUUUCAAGUUUUUUAAUGGUAUUUAUCUGGCCCACCUUCCUCUCAUUAAUACACGAUAUGGCCCACAGAGGCAAAAAGUUUGCCGACCCCUGAUAUAGGAUGAGAACAGCAGAUAGCUGGGAAGACCACCACUUGGAAAUCCCUCUCCAAGUCACUCACCAUCCUGACUUGGAAACAUGCCACCGUUCCUUCAUUGUUGCUGGGUCAAAAUCAUGGAAUUUGCUCCCUAACAGCACCGUGGGUGUCCCUACACCCCAGGGACCGCAGUGGUUCAAGAAGGCAGCUCAUCACCUUCUAAUGGGCAACUAGGGAUGGGCAAUAAAUUCUGGCUUAGCUGGCGACGUCCACAUCCCAUAAAUGAAUUUUUGAAAUCUCUUGUAUAUUAUUGAGAAUUUCGAGCUUUCCACGAUCUGAAUUUCUGGGGCAAUGGUUUCUCUCUAUUAACUGAUUUUCCUGGGCCAUGAUGAAGAUGUCUUAGUAUUCAUUAAGCUUCAUUAGAACCCCAACUAACCACUGUAGAUUCAUAAAUUCAUGCAGGAUUUUUGUCAAAUUUUACAAGACAGCUUUUAUUGAAUGCAGUAGCAUUUUUCCUUUCACUUUACAAUUGCUGUUGUUCAGAUAUAAAUCUGAAAAAAAUGUACAAUUAUGUCCAGAGGAACUUUGACAAAUUAAAAAUCUGUUUACAGUUUAGGUAGUUGGCUUCAAAUUCACUUUGAGUGGAAGUGGCAAAACUUCAAAGCUAAAUUUUGGUGGGUCACCUUUAUAGAUAAAUCACUUGCAUUUGACUUUGUGUUAUAUAAAUUAAAUAGAUUUAAUAAGUUAGAAUAUUCCCAAGGUGGCUGUACAAAAUGAUACUUAAAAUUGAACAGGCUCCGUGUGAUUUUUUUCUCAUGAACAAAUAAUUUAGCGAGUGACUUUAUUUAUCCUUAUGUAGUUGUGACUAAUGAAAUUAUAUAUUUACACUGAUAUCUACAAUGUUUAUUCUUUUAUUACUGUAAAUGCAAUUAUUUUCCGUAUACAAAUAAUAUCUCACAGGGUUUAAGCGAACUCAGAGUUGGAAGGUCUCAGCAGGUCAGGCCACAUCUGUGGAGGAAAAUAAAGGGCUGAUAUUUCAGGUUGAAACCAUUCAUCAGGAUUCAUCUGAUUUCCAACAUAGUCAUAGAAAUGUUCAGCACAGAAACAGGCUCUUUGGCCCUUCUAGUCUAUGCAGAGUCACUUGUGUUUAUAAUUUUGAGUAAAAAUAUUUUGUUCGAUCGGCCAAACACUUCCCCUGGGCCCCCUCCCCCUUUCCGUUCUUCUAUUGUCCUCACUCCUCUCCUAUCAGGUUCUUUCUUCUCCAGCCUUUGACCUUUCCCACCCACCUGCCUUCACCUAUCACCUUCCAGCUGGCCUCUUCCCCUCCCCCACUUUUUUAUUUUGGCAUUUUCCCCUUUUCUUCUCAGACCUGAAUAAGUGUCUUGGCCCGAAAUGUUGACUGUUUACUCUUUUCCAUAGGUGCUGCCUAUUCUGCUGAGAUCCUCCGGCAUUUUGUGUGUGUUGUGUUAUGGUGGAUUUUUUUAACCUGUGAAAUUUUAUACUAAAUGUUUAUAUUCAGUUUUUUGCAUUAAAAACAGU